CUUGUCAACUGGUUAAUACUGGCUAAGAAAACCAAGUGAAGAUAAGCGCCUCGUUAUUCACGUCCUCUUCGCCUGCAAUUCAAUCCCUCUGCCGCCAUUGCAAACCACGGAAGUGCAAAAACGAAAACCCUUAAAUCCCCCCAAGAAAGAAAGAAAAGAAAAGCAAGAGAAAGAGUUUUAGAGAGAGAGAAAGAUACACACACACACACACACACACAGGCAACACACACACAUACACACAAACGCACACACAAGACACACACACACACACAGACACAGACACACAUUGGUGCACCCGCCGACGUAGUCUACACACGUUUUAUCUCCUUCCCUCCUGUUUUAUUCCAAGGAUUUCCGUGAUUCUUCCCGAUUACUCUUCCCCCUUUUCUCUCCCUCUUCUUCGGCCAUCUUGUCCUCCUCCUCUCUCUCUCGCCUCGGGUUUCGUUAUCUCGGCGAAUUUAGCGAAUUUAGCGAAUUGUAAUUAUUUCUUGGUGAAUUUAUGGACGUUUGAGCCACAGUCAUGCCUCCCAAGAACAGGAAAGUGGCCGUCAUGGGGUACAGAAGCGUGGGCAAAUCCUCCUUGUGUAUCCAAUUCGUUGACGGACAGUUUGUGGACAGUUAUGCCCCAACUAUUGAGAAUACCUUCACAAAGAAUCUGAGAGUGAGAGGGCAGGAGUAUGGCCUGGAGCUGGUAGACACAGCUGGCCAGGAUGAGUACAGUAUUUUCCCUGCGCAGUACUCAAUGGAUAUCCACGGUUACGUCCUCGUCUACUCUAUCACUUCCGAGAAAUCGUUUGAAGUGGUGCAGAUCAUAUAUGAAAAGAUCCUCGACAUGAUGGGCAAAGUGACCGUUCCCAUUGUCUUGGUGGGUAACAAAACAGACCUUCACAUGGAACGUGUCGUGACCACAGAUCAAGGACGCAAAAUUGCCGAGAUGUGGAAGGCUGUUUUCCUGGAGACAAGUGCCAAGCAGCAUGAGGCUGUAAAUGAUAUCUUCACACGCGUCAUUCUGGAGAUCGAGAAGGCUGACGGCAACAUCAGUCCUGAGGGAAAAUGCAGAGUAUCAUGAAGAUCCUGGGUUAUAGGAUGGACCUUUUGAAACAUCUUUUCCACAAUUAAUGCAUCAAAAUUAUAUAAGAGUUAAAUUUGAAUAGCUUAAGAAUAAUAGUGAUAAUAUUACACCUAUAAUAAUAAUGAUUCUUAUUUGGCCUUGAAAAAAUCUAAAAAAAAAAAAAAAUAA